UCAGCUUCACUUCCCAUGUUGCCAUGUGGUACUGGGAGAAAAGUGACUUUGAGGUAGUUUCUUUGAAUUUUGAUAAAGAAGAUAAAGAAGAAAAGUUCAAUGGCUAGGGGUGUGUGCCUUACAAAGGUGCUAGGGGAGGGAGUCCUUUCUGAAUAGCAUAGACAGCUGCUUUUUCAGGGAAGGGCAUGGCCUUGAAAGUCUCCAGAGCUCUGCUGUGUGCGUGGCUGCUUUGCUGUCCUACGUUCUGGAAUCAGAGUUCCGCCCCUUUGCUUUGUAAGUCAGCAAUUGACCAGGCCGGGUUGGGCGCUCUUUUUUUCCUCCCUUUCUCACUUCCCUGCGAUGUUUUGAACUGCCUUCUCACAGACGUCAUUCAGCCCUUGAGGAAUAGUUUCUGCCUGGUGAGACUGGUUGGUAAUUCUCAUUCACAAAGACUCGCGGCCGCGUUCUCUGGAGACACAGCGGAAAUUGGCUUGGCAGGUAUCUGGGGCCACCCAGCCCACGGAGCUGUGCUCCUCCUGCGACUCCUUUGCUCUGCAGAGAGCUUUGUCCCCGCGGUUGGUCGCCCUGAAAUGAAACUUCCUUGACAGCUCGCCCUCUGCGUGUCACCAGGCUGCCAGGCACUUUCCUUUUGCUCUACCUGAGUGAGUGCCUGGCGGGGAAACCUCUAAGUCCGUUGUUACGGAAUUGCAAAAAAGAGAUUAAGUGACCUGUUCACGGGGCUGGCUUCCCUUGUGACCCAGAUGAAGAAGAGAUUCAAAAUCCAGUUCCUCUGUGGGCAAGGCAGGCAGAGAAGGAACUCCCUUCGGAAGAGCCCAGGGCUUGGGCAUGAAAGAGGAAAGCCCGCCUGCUGCCGGCGACACUGAGAGCUGAGGCAGGAGGCAGCCUUCCCUGCCUGCCAGUAGAGAAACUUCCAAACCCUUCUUUGUGGAAAGCCUGCUGAUGAGUAUUGAUCAGAAGACUUGAACAUUCUUCUUUCCCUUUUUCGUUUUCUGUCUCCCCUCUUCAAAAAUGAGCAUUAUUAUGAAGCCAAGAUCCAGGUCCACAAGUUCCCUGAGGACAACGGAGGCAGUUUGUUUCGAUGUGGACAAUGGCACAUCAGCGGGACGGAGUCCCUUGGAUCCCAUGACCAGCCCAGGGUCUGGGCUAAUUCUCCAAGCAAACUUUGUGCACAGUCAACGCCGGGAGUCCUUCCUGUAUCGAUCAGACAGCGAUUAUGACCUCUCUCCAAAGUCUAUGUCCAGGAACUCCUCGAUUGCCAGUGAUAUACAUGGAGAUGACUUGAUUGUGACUCCAUUUGCUCAGGUCUUGGCCAGCCUGCGAACUGUACGAAACAACUUUGCUGCAUUAACUAAUUUGCAAGAUCGCGCACCCAGCAAAAGAUCACCCAUGUGCAACCAACCAUCCAUCAACAAAGCCACCAUCACAGAGGAGGCCUACCAGAAACUGGCCAGCGAGACCCUGGAGGAGCUGGACUGGUGUCUGGACCAGCUAGAGACCCUGCAGACCAGGCACUCCGUCAGUGAGAUGGCCUCCAACAAGUUUAAGAGGAUGCUUAAUCGGGAGCUCACCCACCUCUCUGAAAUGAGUCGGUCUGGCAACCAGGUGUCGGAGUACAUAUCAAACACAUUCUUAGAUAAGCAACAUGAAGUAGAAAUUCCCUCUCCGACUCAGAAGGAAAAGGAGAAGAAGAAAAGGCCGAUGUCACAGAUCAGUGGGGUCAAGAAGUUGAUGCACAGCUCCAGCCUGACCAAUUCCUGCAUCCCAAGAUUUGGGGUUAAAACAGAGCAGGAAGAUGUCCUGGCCAAGGAACUAGAAGACGUGAACAAGUGGGGCCUCCACGUUUUCCGAAUAGCGGAGCUGUCUGGCAACCGGCCUCUGACUGUUAUCAUGCACACCAUUUUUCAGGAACGAGAUUUGUUAAAAACGUUUAAAAUCCCAGUGGACACUUUGAUUACGUAUCUUAUGACUCUGGAAGACCAUUACCAUGCUGACGUGGCCUAUCACAACAACAUCCAUGCUGCAGAUGUCGUCCAGUCAACUCACGUGCUGCUCUCUACACCCGCUUUGGAGGCUGUGUUCACUGACUUGGAGAUUCUCAUGGCCAUUUUUGCCAGUGCAAUACAUGAUGUGGAUCAUCCUGGUGUGUCAAAUCAAUUUCUGAUCAACACAAACUCGGAACUUGCCUUGAUGUACAACGACUCCUCCGUCUUAGAGAACCAUCAUUUGGCUGUGGGCUUUAAGUUGCUCCAGGAAGAAAACUGUGACAUUUUCCAGAAUCUGACCAAAAAGCAAAGACAAUCUUUAAGGAAAAUGGCCAUUGACAUUGUACUGGCGACAGACAUGUCAAAGCACAUGAAUCUGCUGGCUGAUCUGAAAACAAUGGUUGAAACGAAGAAGGUGACGAGCUCUGGCGUCCUCCUCCUUGAUAACUAUUCUGACAGGAUCCAGGUCCUCCAGAAUAUGGUGCACUGUGCAGACCUGAGCAACCCCACAAAGCCACUCCAGCUCUACCGCCAGUGGACGGACCGGAUAAUGGAGGAGUUCUUCCGUCAGGGGGACCGGGAGCGUGAGCGCGGCAUGGAGAUAAGUCCCAUGUGUGACAAGCACAACGCCUCUGUGGAAAAAUCACAGGUGGGCUUCAUAGACUAUAUUGUUCAUCCACUCUGGGAGACAUGGGCAGACCUCGUACAUCCCGACGCCCAGGACAUUUUGGACACUUUGGAGGACAAUCGUGAGUGGUACCAGAGCACAAUCCCCCAGAGCCCCUCCCCUGCACCUGAUGACCAAGAGGAAGGCCGUCAGGGACAGACUGAAAAAUUCCAGUUCGAACUAACCUUAGAGGAAGAUGGCGAGUCAGACACUGAAAAGGACAGUGGAAGUCAAGUGGAGGAAGACACUAGCUGCAGUGACUCUAAGACUCUGUGCACCCAAGACUCAGAGUCCACUGAAAUUCCCCUGGACGAGCAGGUUGAAGAGGAGGCUGUAGCAGAAGAGGAGAGCCAGCCCCAAACUGGCGUCGCAGACGAUCGUUGUCCUGACACGUAACAGUAUAAAGGCUGUCACACUUUUUCUUUUUUUUUUUUAAAGUAGAAAAAAUCGUUUCCAAAGUGCAUGUCACAUGCCACAACCAUGGUCACACCUCACUGUCAUCUGCCAGGACGUUUGUUGAACAAAACUGACUUGAACUACUCAGUCUGGCGCUCAGGAAUAUUGUAACCAGUUCUUUCGCCCCACCCCCCCAUGUCAUCGGAGAAGGGAGAAGUCUUCACGAACAUGAUGUCGACAUGACGUCAGCUCGGUAGAGCUGACAAAGCAGAUAAAAUCAACUCCAACUGUUUUCAAGGGAGCGUGGCUCAUCCAGCUGCCCAGACGUAGAUCGGAUUGCAGGGUUCCUUUCUGGUUUGUUUGCAAAAAAAAUUUUAAGACGAAAAGAAGGCAUUUGAUGAACUCACAGAUGAAGCAAUGAAAACAUCAGGAACAGGACACAGCUUGGACCUGUCCCCAGGAGGAGGAUGAGCCACAGAAAUUGCAUAAUUUUCUAAUUUCAAGUCUUCCUGAUACAUGACUGAACAGUGUGGUUCAAUGAGCCACGCUCACCUCUACAUUUUGUAUGAUAUGUAAAACAGAUUUUUUGUAGAGCUUACUUUUAUUAUUAAAUGUAUUGAGGUAUUAUAUUUAAAAACAAAAACAAAGCAAAACUCUGUUCAGAACUUCAUCUGCCACUGGUUAUUUUUUUCUAAGAAGUAACUUGCAAGUUUUCAGUACGGAUCAGUACUACACUGGAUAAAUCUCAUUUAUGAAUUUGACUUCCACCUUAGCGUUCAUAGCAAUUAACUGAUUUGUAGUGAUUCAUUGUUUUAUAUACCGAUGACUUCCAUACUUUAAAACAGAGAAACAAAUUUAUGUUGCCAGAAACCCUUUUUGUAAGUGUCCAUUGACUCCUUUUAUUUCACUCCUCCGCCCUCCAGAAGAGUUGCUGUCCCACAUCGCUUCCCUCACUGUGUGCAAAGUGAGUAUUUAUUCUGUAAUAUGUCGAUGUGCAUUAUGUCCAGUGUGUCUUAAACCUCAUAGGAGUUCAGUCAUCACUUGCUGUUGUCUGAAGCAAAUGGGAAAUAUAUAAAUACCCAGUAGCUAAAACAGUCAGUCUUUUCUAGGCAUUUUCCUACCCACUGCCUUCUGAUGAGUUCCUUUUUCCCCCCUGUGUCAGGAAACAUGCAUUCACAAGUGCUUGUCCUUGUAGUCACCAUACAUUUCAUGAUCAUUUUAUUGUAGCUCACAGCCAGUUAUAGGAAGAAAGACAUUUUCCCAUCAUGCUGCUUGAUUUAAUGUCUGUGCCAGCCUCAAAGUUCACUAGGUGGGGGUCUUACCAAGUAUAUUACUACCACACUGACUGAGAAAAAAGAAAUAGGUUGUCAGGUUAGGGUUGAAGUUGAAUUCUACUACAUGGUUCUGUCUUCGCUAGCUUUUCCUCUGAGACUGCAGAGGGAAAACAUGCUAAGUGUUAUGGAGGCAAUUCUUAAGAAUGUCAGCCAACUAGAUCAGCCAAAUACCAGGACAGCUGUUGUUUGAGCUGCCCAUGGAAGUAAGACCUCCAUGAGUAGCCCUGGGAAGCAGUUCUUAGUGUCGCAGCUGUUCUCUCCUAAUAGCGAGCUCAGUAACAUGUGGAAAUUGCUAUUGAUUGUUAUUGAUUGUUAUUGCUCCAUAAGCCUGUCGCCUAGGAGGGACUUCUGCAGACACACUGAAGGAGACUUGAUACUGCUGGCUCCAGGCGGGUAGCUAUACAAUGGAAUCUAAAAUUGUGGAUUGUGUGAGUCUGCCUCAGUAGAACAUUAAGAGAGAAUUCCAGAUUUCGGUUCCAGGAACCGUUGACUUCAUAGAUUAGUUCCCAGGGUUAACUCGCUGAUAACAACCAGCCUCGUGCAGCCUGUGUCUAGCCUAGACCUUAGUUGUAUAAGGUUUGGAGCCCAUGUCAUUUUCUUUUUUGGCACCCAAAUGGGGACUAAAGAGGAGGGCAGUAUAUGACCAAAAGGAGAAGGAAACGUUUAAGAAAAAUCAUAAGUCUGAAAAGAAAGGAAUAAAAAAAACUUCUCAAGGAAGUUGGGACCUAGUGACUGAGAAUUUAAGUCAUCAGGGAAGUCACCCAAGCUGCACUAAAACCCCGUUUCAAUUUCUAGAUCCAGAUGCUUCAUAGAGCCUUAGGUACAGAAGCAUUUCUGAUCGUUGAUAUAGGGCAGGAUAAAAAUCAAAUAGCUGAUCAUUGGAGGCCCAGUCACCUUUCUGUAAAGAGUACAGUCUGCCUCUAUGUGAACCAGAGAUUUCACAGAAUACUGGGGCACCUGUUUCUCUUCUCCUUUUUUGGAUCCCUGAAGGAGGUC